AUGGUGAAUGAAAGUCAUGAUGCUUUCUUGAGGCUGAUAACAAGGUUAUCGGCAUCGCCACGCCUUGACGAGCUUCUCGGCCUGCCAUUGCUGACCGACUGUCCUUUCCUCCGAGACAUCCAUCCUGGCCGAGAUAAGCCGAUUCGCAGAUACCAAACCGCUCUUCCAGCUGAGUCAUUGCUAUUUUUACGCGUGUCGAGUCGAGUCGACUGUGGCUGGCCUGACGACGUGACGUGCAGAAUGUUUCCAUCUCGAGUUAAUCCCCCUCAGCCCUACGGUGCCAUCGCAUCGCAUCUUGCGGACGCCAUCCGAGCCGUAUCCAUGGAAUGCGUGAGGCCAUUCUAUUGGCAUUACGAGAUGGGUUCCAGUCUUCAGGCCUCCGGUCUCACCCGUUGUCACUCGAUGUCCCCAGAAUAG